GUGAGCCAUGCCAUCAUCAGCGAGUAGGGCUGGCUGAAGAGGCGCCCCUCAAGUUUCACACAUCACUUUUUCCUCCGGGAAACAGGUUUAUAAUCUUCUCGCCCGGGGACGGAGACGCUGAGGAAACAUGGCUGCACUUUCAACCUGGUUUUGGAAUGAAAGGUUUUGGCUGCCUCACAACGUAACAUGGGCGGACCUAGCCGACCAGGCUCCCGGAGUGGAGUACCCCAAAGCUGGACACUUGUUUGCCGCCUUGCCGUUGGCUUUGGGGAUAUUCGCCGUGAGGAUGCUCUUUGAAAGAUUUGUUGCCAGUGCCUGUGCCAGGAGCCUUCACAUUCAUCCAGAGGUUGGACGGAGAGCUCAGCCCAACGCAGUACUGGAGAAAGUGUUUACGUCCAUUACAAAGAGUCCAGACUCCCGGCAUCUGGACGGCCUGUCCAAGCAGCUGGACUGGGAGGUGCGAAAGGUCCAACGCUGGUUCAGACAGCGAAGGAACCAAGAUAAACCCAGCAUACACACCAAGUUCUGCGAGAGCAUGUGGAGGUUAACAUUUUAUUUGUGCAUAUUUACCUAUGGAUUCCAGUUUCUCUGGCAGACCCCUUGGAUGUGGGACACGCGGCAUUGCUGGUACGGUUAUCCUUACCAGGUCAUGACCCCUGGACUUUACUGUUACUACACAACAGAGCUGGCCUUUUACUGGUCGCUUGUGUUCUCCCAGUUCACAGACAUUAAAAGGAAGGACUUCCUUGCCAUGUUUAUUCAUCACCUGGCGACAGUGGGCUUGAUCAGCUUCUCCUACGCCAACAACAUGGUGCGGGUGGGCAGCCUUGUGAUGUGCGUGCACGAUGCCUCCGACUUCCUGCUCGAGGCAGCCAAACUGGCCAACUAUGCUAGGUAUCAGCGGCUGUGUGACCUCCUCUUCAUCGUGUUUAGCAUUGUGUUCUUCAUCACACGGCUUGUCAUAUAUCCGCUAUGGUUGUUGAACUCCACCAUGUUUGAAAGCUGGGUCAUAGUGGGACCCUUCCCAUCGUGGUGGGUCUUCAACUUCUUAUUGCUGGUGCUGCAGGUGCUGCACAUCAUCUGGUCUUACCUCAUCGCACGCAUCGCUGUCAAGGCCAUCCUGAGGGGCAAGGUGUGCAACGACGUGCGGAGCGACAUCGAGAGCAGCUCCGAGGAGGAGUCACCGUCGGCGGAUCAAGUGAAGACGACGCGAGGGGAGAACGGCACAAAUGGCCACUGCGCCUCUGCCGCCAGGAGUCGACCCCAGAACCACAGCGACUAAGCUAAAAGGCUUAAGUUUUUUAUUUUUUUGAACUGAUGAUGCCGACGGUCCCAUGGGCCAAGAUGUCUCACUUGGCGACGAGUACGUUCGGACGCUUUGCGAUCUUUGCAUUUCACACACUCUUGUUUGGAACAAGUUGAUGUAUUUUAACUCAGUCAGUCUUUUUUCGUGUUACUUUUUUUUUUAUUCCUGUUUUUAACUGAGACCACAUAGAGAUGAAGUAGUCACUGCCUGUACAGGUUUCAGGUACCAACAUGUCUUCUCACAUCGCUGCCUUCUCCAAAUAUACAUUUUGUUGGUGUAAUAUGCUGUUCAUGUGGUGCAAUUACACACAUUUUAAUAUGUUACACACAACUGCAUUGCAUUCCAAAAUGUCCUGCAGGGAAUAAAAUGAACAUCACAAAAAAAGGGGGGGGAGGGGUUACGGGGGUCCAGUCCAUUAGUCCUUAAUAACUUCCGGAUCCUGGUUUUCAGCGGCCAGCUGGAGCUGCUUCUGCUUCUGCAUGAAGCGGUAACCCCUCAAGGCGCACAGGUAGCCCCCGUAGAUGGUUAGCAGCAUCAUGGAGCCCGAAAAGGCCCGAUAGCCAAUGUCUGCUAGGCGCUUUGCUGUUACCAUGACGACGACCUUUAAAAGGGAAACCCGGUAAAAUAGUUCAGUUCUUGUCUAAGUUUUACACAAUAAUUACACAAUAAUAGUAUCAAUAUAAUAUGACAUCCCUAGUGACAAACCGCAUUUUUUUAUAUUUUACAGUUGUACACGUUUUCUUUAACUUCCGGGUGUGAGACCGGAUGUGGUUACGUCAAACAGACAAACUAUUACUAUUAACUAUUGCU